AUGGACGCUACUUUCUGUAGUGAGAAAUUAGGGCAGCUGACUGAAGUCGUCAAGUCACAACCAGCCUUCUCCCUAUGUGUGAUUGUACUAGACCUACUCAUCUCCCCUUUAACAAUACUCGGAAACGCUCUCAUCCUAUGCGUGUUAUGGAAAACCUCAUCAAUACCUGAUAAUAUGAAGAGAUUGUUUUUAAGUCUUACCUUAUCCGAUUUUGCCGUGGGAGUUCUUAUUCAACCAGCUUCUGCUGUUAUUAUCACUGCGGCGCUGAGCAAGGUGAAAAAUGAAAGCAAUAACUUGGACAUUUUCUGUCCUCAUCUUUUGACGGCAAAGAUGUAUGCUUUAUAUUUCCUGGUGGCGGCAUCGUUUUUCACGACUGCCGCCAUCGCGUUGGACAGAUUAUUCUCCGUUUUCUUGCAUUUAAGAUAUAACCAACUCGUCACAGAGAAACGCGUACGAGUUGGCGUGGUACUAAUAUGGUUUACGAGUGGACUUGCAACUUUAGCAUAUAUGAUACUUCCCAAAAAUAACGAGAUUGUGGCGGUGGCCUGCCAAACUACAGGAAUUUUUGUGAUGGCCAUAGCGUACAUCCACCUCUUCAAAAUCGUUCAAUAUCAUAAAAAUCAGAUACGGUGUCAAACGCAAGCUGGAAAUUGUGAAACACUAAAUGCGGCAAGGGAGAAAAAGUCCACCUUAAAUGCUUUUUAUGUCUUUUUGUUAUUUCUUUUAUGCUAUCUCCCGCAUUUGAUCAGUCGUGUUAUUCUGGCAAUUUUUAAGGUACAAUCGUCAACAGUAACAGCCUACUACGCCACAGGCACUUUGGUUAUCUUUAAUUCGUCUUUGAAUCCAGUUAUUUACUAUUGGCGAUAUCGCGAAAUUCGCAGUCUUGUGAAACUUACUGUAAAACACUUUUUUUGCAUGAAUGAUCGUGCAUGA